GUUUACUAAACAUCAUAAACAUUAACAUAGCCUAACUUUUUGGUGUAUAUUUUCUACAAUCUACAGUAAAGGAAUUUAUUUAAAUUUAGAUUCCAAUGCCGGGUGGUACGAAUUAUUUAAAUGAAAUAACUGAAGAUGUACAACAGAAACUUAGUGAAAAAAGGCUUUUUGCAGAUGGCAUCAGUACACCACAAGGGUUUCUUGUCAGCGAUAUUGAAAAUUUAAUAAAAAUAACUGGUAUGAGUCCCGAAGAAAUAAAAGAUCUGAAAAUUAAGGUUUCCCGAAGCAUUCACAAGCCGAACAACAUUCUUAAAGCUAUAGAUUUGGUACCCUGGGAUAGACUGUCCACAGGCUGCGACAGUAUAGAUCGUAUUAUAAGAGGGGGCAUACCUCUCAGCGGAAUUACAGAAAUAUAUGGCUACAGUGGAGUUGGGAAAACACAGUUAUGUCUCCAGUUAGCACUUCAGGUACAGCUAUCAAUUGAAGAAGGUGGUUUAAACAAAGGGGCUGUUUAUAUUUGCACAGAAGAUGUUUUCCCAACCAAACGGUUUCACCAGAUGGCCCAGUUCUUUAAAAUUCACCACAACUUGUCCAACGAAAACUUAGAAAGUAAUGUAUUUUUGAAACAUGCUUCAGAUAUUACUGAGCUAACGAACUGUGUAUCCCAAGAGUUGCGAAACUUACUGAGGAGGGAAAGUAUUGGUUUAAUAGUUUUAGAUUCUAUAGCAGGUCCCUUCAAAGGUGAAAAUGAGAAGGAAUUGCUACUAAGGAGUGGUGAUUUGCUAUCUUUGGUGGAGCAACUAUAUGUCAUACAGGAGGAAUACCCUGUUGCUAUUGUUUGUACUAAUCAGGUCACUGAAAAUAUGGAUGGCACCUCAAGUCCUUGUUUGGGAGUGGCCUGGAGCAACAGCAUUAACUAUAGAUGUAAAAUUUCAAGAUUUUCAAGAGAUUUAAGGGCGUUUGAAGUUAUUUUUUCGCCAGAUGUUCAUGAAGGAAAAUGUUAUUUCCAUGUAACAGAAGAGGGUCUAAAGAGUGAAGAGCAUAAGUUUUGUUAAUAAAAUUAUAUAUUUCUA